GGCGCGGCCCUCCCGCGGGGAGCGGCCAUGGCUGGCGGCUCAGCUCCGGGGCCUGCAAGUGGAUUGAAGAUGGAAAAUCCCCAAGACAUUUUCUCAAGUAAUGGUGGCUGUCUAAGUGAUAUAGUUAUAGAAAAAUACCUGGUUGAAUCCGAGGAGUCUGUGUCUCAUGUUCAGCUUGCUUGCAGCAUGCAGGACUGUGCCUUCCCUUUGGAUGGGACUGAACUUUGUAUAUGGAACGCUAAGGAUCCUUCUCAUCAGCUUCUAAUCCUACGAGGACACCAUCAGCCAGUUACUGCUAUAGCUUUUGGAAAUAAAGUGAACCCACUUCUAAUGUGCUCGGCAUCACUGGAUUAUGUUAUAAUGUGGAACCUGGAUGAAUGUAGAGAGAAAGUACUUCAAGCAUAUCCUCUUCUCAGCGUAUUCAUUGAUGCAGAAAGCAGGCAGCUGGUCACUGGGUGUGCUGACGGCCAGCUUUGGAUCUUCAGUUUGAUGGAUGGACACCAUUAUCGUCGUGUGGCACGGGUUGACCUAAGGAAGAAGACAGAGACUUUCUCCACAAGAAGGGUUAGGUCUGGGCUGUGCAGCCAGCCAGAAGAAAGCCAGCUUCUCUCUACAAGUGCUCUGGGAAAAGGAGAGCAGGUUGAAGUAACAUUUCCUGUACUGAGACUUGCACCCUGCGAUCUCUCACUCAUCCCAAAUUCUGCAUGUGGAUGUCUUUCUUCUGAGAACACCCAAUGCGUGUGGAUCGGAAGCUCAGUGGGCUUAUUCGUAUUUAACCUGGCAAACCUGGAAGUGGAAGCUGCUUUGUAUUACAAGGAUUUCCAGAGCCUCAGCAUCCCGCUGGCCGGAUCGUGUGCCCUGAGGAACUGCACUGCGGAUCGAAAGGCGCUGUGCUUGCUGGCCUCCCUCUUUGGCGGGAAGAUUGCCGUGUUGGAGAUCAACCUGGCCGCGCUGGUCAGGACUCAGCAGUGUCCCAGCAUGGGGCAGAGCCUCUCGGUGCCAGCCAGCUCCUGUGUCCUACCGACCUCUCCACUGUAUCUGGGAAUUGCCAAGGAGAAGAGUACCAAGGCUGCUAGUGAACAGCGAUGUGCUGCACGGAACGUCAUGAAGGACCAACGCCUGGUUUUCCACAGUAAAGUUAGGUCGUCUGGUUAUGCGUCAGCACCACGUGUAACUAUGUUUUCGCCAAAGACCAACAUCAAGAGUGAGGGGAAAGGACCUUCAAGACACAGGAGCAGCUGCGCACGGGAGGCGUACCCCAUGGAGUGUGCUGUGCCCACCAAGCCCGGCCCCCAGGUCGCCGCCGCCCCCACCUGCACACGUGUGUGCUGCAUCCAGUAUUCAGGAGAUGGGCAGUGGCUGGCCUGUGGGUUGGCCAACCAUCUGUCACUCGUUUUUGAUGCCAGCCUGACGGGGACACCUGCUGUGUUUUCAGGUCACGACGGGGCGGUGAACGCCGUGUGCUGGAGCCAGGACCGGAGGUGGCUGCUGUCUGCGGCCCGGGACGGGACCCUGCGGGUGUGGUCGGCUCGUGGGGCAGAGCUCGCACUGCUUCUGGGCAAAGACAUGUUUUCUAAACCUAUACAGUCUGCACAGUUUUAUUAUAUAGAUGCCUUUAUAUUAUUAUCUUCUGGCCCUGAAUUUCAGCUACUGAAAUAUCACAUCGACACUUGCAAAGAUGAGAUUAAGAGAUAUAAACAGAAGAGCAAGUCCAAGCUGAUUUGCAGGCUCUCCACGACGGGUGCAGUAGACAUGACCAGCUUAUCAGCAGUCAACGACUUUUAUUCCCACAUCGUACUCACAGCUGGCCGGAACAGGACCGUGGAAGUGUUCGACCUCAAUGCCGGCUGCAGUGCAGCGGUGAUAGCGGAAGCCCACUCGCGGCCUGUCCAUCAGAUCUGCCAAAAUAAGGGUUCAUCAUUUACAACCCAACAGCCUCAGGCUUAUAACCUUUUCCUGACCACGGCCAUUGACGAUGGGAUGAGACUGUGGGACCUGAGAACCCUGAGGUGUGAGCGCCACUUUGAAGGGCAUCCAACCCGCGGCUAUCCAUGUGGAAUCGCUUUCAGUCCUUGUGGACGAUUCGCGGCUUGUGGGGCCGAGGACAGACACGCUUACGUGUAUGAAAUGGGCUCAAGCACAUUUUCUCACCGGCUGGCUGGGCACACAGACACCGUCACUGGAGUGGCCUUCAACCCAUCAGCACCCCAGCUUGCUACAGCUACCUUGGAUGGUAAACUCCAGCUCUUUCUAGCUGAGUAACCACUGACCUGUGAGCUGGGCCCCGGAAUGCUGUGAGGAACAACUUAAAAAUAAGAAGUAGUGGUUCAUCCAUCAGGGGGCCAGAAGCAGCAACUGUUUUUCAUACUUUGAGACUUGCUUCAGAUUUCCCCCUUAUGCAAGCUCCUCCCCGCUGUGUGUGUCAUGUCACGGUUUUACAUCUUUCUGCUCCUCAAAAGGGAUCCCCCUCAUUGGGAAAAUGGAAAUGGCGUCCAGUAGUCCUGCAUAGAAUUUUGUAGAGUUAAGACAGAAUAUCUUUCAAUAAAACAUAAUAUAGUAUUUGUUUGAUAAUUAGAGUUGGAAGAAAAAAGAGAGAGAGAAUUUCUUUUGGGCAGUGAAAAUAAAGCAGUUAACAGUC